UCUGACAGUUACCAUUAUGAAUUAUAACAUUUUCUCAUUAAUUAUGCGAACUAGGUCUUUGUUAAUUGAUCAAUAUCUAUUGAUGUUCCUCUAGUUCUCAAUUAUGUCCUUUUUGAACCUCCUUGCCAUGACUGACAAACCUCGAAGAGUCUGUACGUGUGACGUUAUCGGUUAUGCGCGAACGAAAUGAUAGCAUGUGGGUAAUAAGGUGCGGAGAAAGUUCAUAGGUCAAAGUUGACAUUUUGGCGCGCUACCCAACAUUCAAGCGACGAACCAUCAUUUUGCUUCUUCGAUCUGGGGCUCUAAAGGACGCCAAUUAUGAACGUGACAAACCCUGAGUAUCCCCGCGCGGUUCUUAAGGAACUGAACAGGCAGAGGAAGAAGGGAGAACUGACAGACGUGGUCCUGGAGGUGGAAGGAAGAAGUUUCCCCUGCCACCGUGCCAUCCUGAUAUCGUGCAGUCCCUACUUCCGUGCCAUGCUCACCAGCGGCUACGCGGAGUCCAAACAGGACAAGAUCACCAUCCGGGAUGUCAGCAAAGUUGUCAUGGCAACCAUUCUGGACUACGCCUACACCGGCUGUCUUCAGACGAAGCCAGACCAGGUCCAGGCUGUGAUGUCUGCUGCCAGACUACUGCAGUUGGAUUAUGUAUACAGCCGGGCAGCUAAUUACAUGAAGGCCCAUCUGGACUUGUCCAACUGUGCAGAUGUCCUGAUGUAUGCUGACACGCUGGCGGACUCCGGCCUAGUGGAGUCCACGGAGAUAUACAUAGCAUCCAGGUUCAACAAGGCAGUCCUACAACCCUCCUUUCUCCAGCUGUCUCUGCCUCGUCUCCAGUCACUGCUAAACAGGGAUGAUCUGAUCACCCAAUCAGAAGAUGAUGUCGUCCAAGCCGCUCUAAAAUGGAUCAAUUACAACCAAGCAGAGCGCUCGCAGCACCUCCCUGCACUUUGCAAAACGCUGCGCUAUCCCUCCAUCAGCUCAACACAGAGAGAAGAAAUCGAGAGGAGGCGUCCGACAACAGACAGUACGUUAGUCUACAGCGAAAGCACAACCCAACGGCUUGGGCAGGAGCAAACUGAAAUGCAGAUUGUCCUAAAACGUGUACGCGAUGAGGAAAGCGAGCCGUUUGCUGCUUGCCAUGACCCUGCCACAGGCACAUAUUAUGCCAUUAAACUGCCAGAUGGGCAGAUCUCGAUGGUGGCAACUCCUGAUGGAGACUUGUACCUGGCCGCAGACAGUGAGGGCAGAGAAUAUUGUGGUCAGAGAUUUGAGAUCAAGAAGGAGAAGAAAUUUUACCUGUACAACCACCUGCUGCGCACCUGGGAGCCAAAAUGUAGGAUGAUUAAACAUAGGGCCAGGUAUGAACUAGUGUCCCUGAAUGGGUACAUCUAUGCCAUCGGUGGUGAUACGAAGAAAGGAAGGGCAGAGAGAUAUGACCCCAACUGUGAUGAGUGGACAUCCAUACCGCCCUUUCCUCACCCCGUGUCCUCGAAACUCUGCGCGGUGACUCUUAAUGACAACAUCUACAUCAUAGGAGGGGAUUCGGAAGGCUGCUACCGCUUCAGUACUACAGAGAACCAGUGGGACAGGAUAGCAGACAUGAUCGAACCUCAGCCUCAUCCACUUGCUGUCACGUAUCAGGGCAGCAUCUACUGUGUGAACUGGUUAGACUCUGGAAACAGUUUACCGACUGUCGAGGCGUACGACCCUGCGGAUGGCAUGUGGAAGCGCACUGGGAAUGGCACAUCUAUUGUCCUCAACAAGAAACCGACGAAAUACGUCAAAGCAACCCUGAUGACCCAUGGAGAGACUCUGCACCUCUUCACAGUUAUGCCCAUUGAAUGCCGCCAUGGUAGCUAUUACAUCGGUUGCGACCAUGAGCCCGAGUACGCGACGUAUGUCCACCAGUACCAGCCAGAGACUGACACGUGGGUGUCAGAAGAGAGUACCAGCAGAAUCAGGCUGUUUCCACCCGAAAACUGUCUGACGUCUGAGUCUAGCACAGAUUUCCUGGCGGCAAGGAUGAUCCCAAAGUGCCUGGAGAAUAUCCCUGAUAUUGAGGAUUAUGUGUUAGAGCCCUGGAUCGGGAUCUGAUGACAACUCUGUUGAAGACAAACUCAGAGUGGGAGGAAUGACGGAGACAUCUGAGACUCUAGAACAUUAGGAAAGACAUUUGUAGAACUGGUUAAGAGUUUGUUUGUUUGAUUGAGAUCUUGUUUGUUCUAUUAGGAUCUCCAUUAGUCAUG